UUCCGGGCGCCUCAGUCACAUUUUGUGGAUUGAUAACAAAAGAAAAAUAUGUUGACAAACUGGAUAAUGCAAUAACGAUAACUGUUUUCGCACGAGAAAAAAGUUUUGCUACCAGUGAUAGUGGUCAUGAUAAUGGUCAUUAA